GCGUGUGUGUGUGUGUGCGCGCGCGUUGUGUGUGUGUGUCAAGUCAAACUCGUGAUUUGAUAAUCGUCGAACAAUUUCGACAAGAUGAAUCUGGGAAGAGUAGCUGGUGUCAACGUUUUUCGCAAAAUCCGACAGCUCGAGACACUGGUGAAACCAGGCGGUUUGCUCGCACGAGGCAGCUGUAAUCCAAUUCAAUUUCCCAGAUCCGCGUCGAGCCUUGCAAAUCUGAACCGUGCAGUUUCCAACGUAAAACCAAAACACUGUAUCUUAUCCAAGCUGCCCGCACAAUCGACAACCAGCCUGAUUCAGACUCGAGCAACAGCGAGUAGUCACGGGGACCACGUACGUCUCUGGUUAAUUGAGAGAAUUGUGGCCGCGUCGUUUCUUACAUUGAUACCAGCUUGUUUGUUGUUCGAAAAUAAAUUUCUUGAAAUGGUACUGGCAGCCGCAACCGUCAUGCACACGCACUGGGGACUGGAAGCCAUUAUAUUGGAUUACGCGAGACCUAUUGUAGUGGGCACACUCGUUCCGAAAGUGGCGUUCUUGUCACUGUAUUUAAUAUCUGCGGCUACUCUCGCCGGUCUGCUUGUGCUUAUCUACAAUGGUCCUGGUCUGUUCAGUGUUAUCAAACAAGGAUGGGCAAUAGGUAAAGAUAGAAAGAUAUCAUCUGAAUAAGUAUUGCAAUAAUAUAAAAGUACUUAAAUGUGUUCGACGUACAAAGCUUUCUUCAGAUAACUUAUAUAAAUUGUAUUCUAGAAUAAAAACUGUUUACUAUUGAA